AUGGACGACGUGGACCGCCCGGUCGCGUCUGGAGGCCGCUACGAGGCGCUGGCGCUCGACAUGGGCGUCCGCCUCUGGCGCGUGGAAGUGGCACUGGCCGUCAAGCAGCUGCUGGCGCUCGGACGCGCGUACGAAGUGCGCUACUCGCUGCCGCGUGGCCCCGUCCCGCAGUUGCACUUGAAGACGGACUUGGGGCUCUCUGUGACGGCGACGAUGAACUCGCACGUGUUCCAAGUGCAUCAGGUGAGCGCUCCGCAGUACGCGAUGGACGUUGUCGAGCCACACACAGGCGCAAGGGCCGCCGGCACUAUGCGACACGGGACGACUGCAGUAGCGCCGGACGACUAUCUGGUGGGCCUCGCGGCCGAAGACCUCCUCGUGUGCCCGCGGAGCCUCAAGCAGCUUCACAAGGACGUGGCUGCAAUCGGAGCGCAAGCCACAGUGAAGACGGAGGGCGACAAGUCGGGCUCGCGGACGCUCGUGCUGCGGUUCGUCCGCUUGGGGGCCUCGCAACGGGAGUACCUCCACCGAGCACGCACGCCAGGACGCCUCGUGCGUGUGCUGGACGACAUGGCUACUCACCAUCGGCAGCUGGCAGCGCGCUACGACGAGCUGAUCAAGCAAGACCGACGCGCAGUGCAGCGACUGCAUGCGGCCAAGAAGUUGCUCAUGUACGUGAAAGUGAUGACGGGCGACAUGCGCAACACGGUAAUGAAGGAGCGGGCGUUCCAGUUUGCAGACAGGUUCCGCAUGUGGUAUGCUGACAUGACGAAAGAGCAAGACGAAACGGGUAGGAAAAGUUGCGAUGGGACUAUGGGGGAGCAGCCAGUGGAAGACAUGGCGAUUGAAGCAGGUCCAGAUCAGGUAGACCGAAGUGGACGCGACAACAGCGACUCGGUCGUCAGGUCGAUACUGCGUCAGAAAAACUCGCCGGCGUCGUGGCCAAGUUCAGCGGUAGUUGGUGCACCGAAAAAACGAGUCACCUUUUCUACGAAUCUAACGCUGGGACCGACUGGCGUUACCUGGCGAUCCGUUAAGUCUGAGCGCGCUUCAGUCUCAGUCACGGUUCCUUUGACCGACCAGGAGCUAUUGCGUGACGAAAGCAGCAUUUCCAAGACGAUUAGCUCCCGUGCAGACGAAGGCCAAUCAUACCUUUUGGCUCUUACAGGUCCUAACGCCGACCUCGUAUCAUCACUUGAAGAACUGACAGCUGCUGUUCGAACGGUGUCCUCACUGGCAAUAAACAAGGAACUGAUACUGGCGCCAGGCCUUAAGCUUCAGUGCAAAGUGCAGGUAAAUGAGCCGAAUCAGUGCACCGUUCGUGUCCGGUUGGGGCAUUUGUCCUUCGACUGUACUGCUGCCAGUGAUCAAGAUGCCACCAUUGGUGCACUGUCGCGGCUCACGAGCGCGAUUAGCGAACACCAAAGACUGUACGGUGACAUGCUUUUGUACUUGAAGUCGCAAUUUGGCCUCUGUACAGCGAACGAUACCCGAAAAGUAAAGGACGCGGCUUUUAACUAUCUGAUAAAGAAGAGGAUUGUGCGGCUUCGUGAGAGACCUAGUAAGAACGUUAACCACGUGCUCACUUAUGAUGUUGUGGCGUAUAUCCAAGACUGCCCGCUCAUAUGUAGACGUGGUGCAUCUCUUCCCAGUAUAAAAGGCGAAGUAGUUGAUGCACUCAUGACGUUUCUGAUGGAACUGGUGGACCAGCAUGACGAAAGUUUAGAACGCGACCGUAUUGUACAAAUCAAGAGUGAGACUACGCCGGGCACGACUGAAGAGAUAGAUGCCGAGGCCGACAUUGAAAGCACAAACGAUGUCAAGAUGGAAGAUGUGUCGGAGGACACUGAAGGUACUACUGCCCGCGACGAGAGAGAGGCGGAGCUAAGGUCGCGAGGAAUUUUACGAAAGCGACGCUAUGCGCUAGAUGCAAAAGCCUCUGAGAACGAGCGUGGGGCUCCUCGUCCUCGUUUGUCGAAUUCGACCCCAGAGCCGAAAGGGCCUGAAAUGCGAGCUGCUCCGCAAAAAGAGGGCAGCGCGUCUUCUGCAAACGGAACGAGCUUGUUUGUUGAGGACCGAAGUGGAUUAGGUCGCAAUCACAACACACAGAAGUCUCGUCCUGAAGACGAAGUUGCCAAGGCAAAGUCCGGUGCGUACCAGGAGUUGCUCAUGCUUCUUUUUCGACAUCGGGGCAAGGUAGUAGAAGCUGUCGAGGCGAUUGAAUGGGAUCUAAGUGCGAGGUGCGACACAAUCAAAUUUACGCCUAAUCUUACGAUCGUUUGGACUACGUCAAAGCUGGAAAACGGGCUGGUGCGUUGUGUGCUCACUGCGUCAGAGAGCGUAGUUGAGGCCUGUGGGGAAGGACCGUCUAUUGAACGCGCGAAGAACAAGGCAGCUUCGACUUUGGUCAAGACGCUGGAUGGGAUGAUCCAGACGUGGAAGGCGUUGCUUUUCACGUACAACCAACGACUGGCGAAGACUCCAACAACUCUGAUGGCCGGAAAUGAGACGCAAGCCAAAAGUCGCGACAAGGUGUCAACGUCGGAGAAGCUCGUCCCGCCCAUGUUUAUGUAUUUUAUUAAAGUACGCGAUACGCUAGCAAUCUCAACGGCGUGCCUGACCGCAAAAGAUGCAAAACGCUCUGCUAAUGAAAGGUGGCGCGAUAUCUUGGAAUCGCUCGCGAAGAUGAAACUUGCUGAUUCAUCGAAACACUCGAAAGGAAGCACGAAUAUGGCACAUACUACCACGAGGCCUCCAAGUGUAGCGGCUGUUCAAUCACGUCCAUUGAUAACCCCUUCAGUGAAAACGGCCAACCUCAUCUUGUGCAGCGACGAUGAGAUGGAUAACGAUGGCGAUGAUUACGAUAGUGGCUCCGACGGUGGAGGGUAUGGCGACGAUGAUUGGGAUCCGUCAGCUAUAAAGGCUGCAUCAGAUUCGAAUGUUGUAUCAGAGUCUGCAGCGUUUGAAAAUGAGCUAAAAAAGGAGUACGCUGAGCAGUCCGAGUGCGAUCAAACCUGUGACGCGAAAUUCCGUGCCACGAUCCGAAGUCUAUUUACCCCGGCAGACGAAUUAUGUACCGCUAUUAACAGACUCCGAGCAUCGCUCAAGUAUCGUGGAGCCGAACACAAAAUGGUUGUUCCCAAUGUAACGGCAAACAUAAGAAUGGAGCGCCUUCGGGAUGGUGUAAUUGAAGUCAACGUCGAUGUCAACGAUGUCAUUCGCAUCAAAGCGUCGAGGAGGGCAAAGUCUGAUGCCUGCAAUGCGGCUGUCGAUGGGAUGCUGGACAAGCUAAACCGCAUUCGAUCGGUUUGGGCACAACUUCUUCAUUUUCUGGACGUGAAAUCGCUGUCAUACGUCUCGCCUGUUGACUCAUUCCGAGACCUCAAGUUGUCCGGCAUUGCCAAUAUUACAACUACAGUGGGAGAGCGACCGCGAGAUUCUUUUGGCCGUAAGCCUCACUCAAAUCCAGGUGUCUGCUGUGUCGUAAGUGUAGACGGGUAUGUAUUGUGCCAAGUAACAUGGAAAACAGAAGCAGAUGCCCGUCGCUUGGCCGAAUGGAGAGCUGCACAAUUCAUGAUUGAUCUGAUUGACUGCGGGCUUGACACAAAGCCGAUGAACGAAGGGGAUGUAACGAUGGCAAUCGAUGAUGAAGUAUCGAAGGUCGGUAAAUCCGUUGCCUGGUCGUGUCUCAUUCGGAUCCGGGACGCGUCGGAUACGUGCAGCAUCCACGAGUUUCCGGUGGAUGCCUUUUGGUGCCACACCCGCAACGGCAUGACGCCCGAAGACUUUCCAGAUAGCCGCAGUAUCGUGGCAACGCAGGACGGAGUUGUGGGGAUGGGACGAACCGAGAUUGAGAUUCGCAAUCUCCACGAAUCGGCGAUGGCCUUCUUCUACUUGGAGUCUGCCUAUGAUCACUGGAAGUUCGUGCGACAAAUGGUCCGGUAUGCGGACAAAAGGAAGCACAAUUCGCGUGUGCUUGCGUUGUCCAUUUCACCGGCGUGUCCAUACAACAUGUAUCUGAUUCCGCCAGGGGCAUCCAUAAACAGCGAGGACAAUUCAUACUGGCCGGAAAAGGCGCUGCCGCGGACCGGAAUCGACCGCAAGAGUGUGGUUGGGUUUUUGACAAAGAAGAAGAUCCGCUGA